AUGCCGGGUCUCAACCCUAAGAAUGGAAGCCGGCUACUGGGUGUAGCUUGCGUCGGUCUCAUCGCAUCUCCGUAUAUCUACAACGCGGUUAAGCAAGCAUACUGGACACGCCGCUACAAGAAGCUGAAUAUGGAAGAAAUCGUCUCGGAUAGGUUCACGUGGCUACAUCAUUGCAUGUUGCGUGAUGAAAUCGAGAGAACUCUGCUCAAGCAGGAGCAAGAAGCCGUAAAGAAAAAUUAG